AUGGCUGCUGGUGAGCUCUCCAGCCGGGAGUUCCCCAUCCUGGCUGCUGUCGUCGCCAUCUCCAUCCUCCUCCUCUCUCGCGCCCUGCAAGGUGGCGAGCCCAUCUACACCUCUCUGGCCCUCUCAGGGCUUGCCUUCGCAGCAACCUACUACCUCAUAGUCCAGACAGCCUCCAGCUUCCUCAAGGCUGGCCUCAAGGGCACUGACAUGUCUAAGAGGACCAAGAAGGAGAUCCCCGAGUGCGUGGGUGCCAUUUGCGCCAUUGUCUACCUGCUCAUCGUCAUGAUCUUUAUCCCCUUUGCCUUCUACCAGGAUAUUGUGGCAGCCACAAGUGGCGGUGGCAACAGAGAUGUUGUUAUCGAGGUCGAGCAUGUCAACCAGGGGCGUUUCCUGCACUGGUUCCCCCACAACAAGCUUGCGUCCUACCUCUCUGCCGUCCUCUCCCUCCAGUCCAUCACCAUCCUCGGCAUUGGUGAUGAUGUCUUCGACCUCCGCUGGCGACACAAGUUCUUCAUCCCCUCCAUCGCAGCCAUUCCUCUCUUGACUGUCUACUAUGUCGAUUUCGGUAUCACUUCUGUUGUGGUCCCCAACUUCCUACAAAAGAUACUUGGGGCAGAACUGGUGCAUCUGGGUUGGGCAUACUACGUCUAUAUGGGGGCUCUGGCCAUCUUCUGUCCAAACUCUAUCAACAUCCUCGCUGGCAUCAACGGGAUCGAGGUCAUGCAGUCCAUUGUCAUUGCGCUGCUCCUCAUCCUCAACGAUAGCCUCUACCUGAUGACAACAUACCCUCACCCUGCGACUGACAGCCACCUCUUCAGUCUCUCCUUCCUGCUGCCCUUCCUGGGUGUGAGUCUGGCUCUGUUUUGGCACAACAAGUACCCUGCCAAGGUUUUUGUCGGAGACACCUACUGCUACUUUGCUGGCAUGGUCUUCAUAGUCGUCAGCAUACUGGGCCACUUCAGCAAGACUCUCAUUCUCCUGCUCAUCCCGCAGAUCUUCAACUUCGUCUAUUCGGUUCCUCAGCUCUUCCAUCUGAUCCCGUGCCCCCGCCACCGUCUGCCCAAGUACAACGCCCACCGCGAUGUCCUCGAGCCGAGCAUGGUCCAAUGGACCCCGGAGAAGCAACCUCGAGCCUACGCUGUGCCCUGCCUCCGCCUGCUGGGAAAGUUGCGCCUCCUCAAGGUUGUUUAUCGUCAGGACGAGAAUGGCAAGGAAACCUUCGACCAGACCAGCAACAUGACCAUCAUCAACCUAUGGCUCGUCACACGAGGCCCUAUGCACGAAAGCCGUCUGGCCUGGGAAGUGUCUGCUAUGCAGCUGCUUGUCGGACUCAUUGGUCUCGUCGUUCGCCACAAGAUGGCCCUCUUCCUCUUCAGGGAAGAUAACUUGGGCCUCGGUAGUAUAUCGGUCUAG